UUCACUUUUCAUUAUCGUGCCGGCAACGUCUCCUGCAAUUAAUUCGCAUUUUUGCUGAAAAAUACCUCUUUAAACGCAACUUAAAGUAUUAAAAUCCCUUUUUAAAGACUGAAUUACGAGAAAUCGACGUGAAAAUGACUACUUGGUUGCCAUUAGAAUCCAACUCUGAGGUUCUGACGAAAUACAUUCAGAAACUCGGCGUUUCGGACAAAUUUAUGAUCGCCGAUGUCCUUGGAUUGGACAAAGAACUCUUGGAAUUUUUGCCGCAACCCGUUUCUGCGUUGAUUUUCUUGUUUCCGUGCAACGAAAAGUUCGAGAAAUAUCGCGAAGAUGAAGACAAGGCAUUGAAGGCAAACCCUCCCGAAUGUCCCAAAGAUCUCUUUUUCAUGAAACAAACGAUCCACAAUGCCUGCGGAACAAUCGCUUUGGUUCAUGCCAUCCUCAAUAAUCCGCAAAUUGAGCUGAAAGACGGCGUUCUUGCGAAUUAUUUCAACAAAACCAAAGAUUUGUCGCCCGACGAACGCGGAAAACUCUUGGAAGGCGACUCCGCGUUCACAAAUACGCACGAAGAGCUUGCCAAGGAAGGUCAAACUGCAGCUCCGGACCUCUCAACGAAGGUAAAUCAUCAUUUCAUCGCUUUGGUUCACAAAAAUGGCGAAUUAUACGAACUUGAUGGCCGCAAAUCGUUCCCCAUUAAGCACGGAGCAACGAAUCCGGAGAAGUUUUUGUAUGACGCCGCGGAAGUUUGCAAGAAAUUCAUGAAUUUGGAUCCGCAUAAUUUGGGAUUCACCGUUUUGGCAAUCACUCCGAACCAGAAUUAAAAUGCGAAACUGCGGAGAAAUGCGAUUUUUGUUCCUUACUUAAUUGAAAUAUUUACUCGAAAAUGCUUUUCAGCCAGCGAUUGAUUGAUUUUACGCUGAAAACGCUUGGAAAUAAUAUAUUUUUGUGAUAAAAAUGCUUGAAAUAUGUGAAAGAAUAUCAAUAAAAUUGUAGCUUUGGAUACU